AAUCACCGCCCUCUUCUGGGAGAGCCGUGGAACUUCCCUGGCCAAUCAGAGCUAGGGCAGGCGCGGCGGAGAGUCGGAAGGCGGUGCUUCUUCGCGGGGAAUAUUUGCAGAAUUCGAAACGAGGGUGCCUUAUUAUUUCCAGCGGAAGCAGAGGACCAGCUCUUGAUGCAGCAUGUAGUUCCUGAGCCUGUGCAGAGCGCUUCUCCCGUCAAGACUCUCCUAUUGAAAGCCAGGCGUGGCAAACGGAUCCUGAGCCACUAGAGAUACAUUCUUAACCUUUGUGCAGUGUAAAAAAUAAAAUAAAUAAGACAGGCAGCUCUUUUAAGAGAAUGUGACAAGGAUGCCUGAUGGAGCCCGAUUCCAAGCGACGGAAGACAGCGCAGCCCGACAGCGCCUCCGCUUGGGAAGUGCGGCCUGUACUUUCGGAGCAGGAAUCUCGGGACGUCAGCCUCAUGCCCGUCUACGCCGCCCCUGUGCUGGAUAAGAAAGAGACCUGUCGCCUGAUGAAAGAAAUCUCCGCGAUCUACCCGUUGAGCGACUACCCUCAUUUGAAACGUAUCCGGGCCUGUCUCUCUGCAGGCAGCCCCCACCCGCUGGAGAUGAUCUUGUGCCUUGCAGGCCUCAACGGAGAGCAGGCCGGCUUGAUGUCCCUCGCUGAACUCUUUCCCGGCGGCGAAGUAGACGUCUGUGGCUUGGGGAAACCUUUCUUGGUCCAUGUGCCGGCUUGCGCGCCUUUGACUCGCCCCCAGUAUGAGGAAGCUGCGUCACACUGGCCUGUCUCCUUCCACGAGAACAAACGGAUCAGCCAAGCUCUGAAAGGCUGUCUUUUCUCGCCCCCGGAGAAGGAUCGCAUGCAGGGUUACAUGGAGUUGGCCAUCCAAGCAGCCCAGCAGGGAGCCAGGCAGGGUAUGGAGCCCGUAGGAGCUACGGUGGUAGACCCGGCCACUGGCCAAGUCCUGGCUGUUGGUCACGACUGUAGAGAGGGCUCCAACCCACUUCUCCAUGCGGCGAUGGUCUGCGUUGACUUGGUGGCCCACAGCCAUGGAGGGGGAGCGUACAGCUUCGACGAUUAUCCUGCUUGCACGUUUCAUCCUGCGGACAACGCUUCCCAGCCCCCUCCUUCUCUUGAGGAUGGCCUUCCGUACAUUUGCACCGGGUACGACAUGUAUUUAACUCGGGAACCGUGCAUGAUGUGUGCCAUGGCGCUGGUGCACUCCCGCAUCCAGCGGGUGUUCUACGGUGCGCCGUCCUCUCACGGGGCUCUGGGCACAAGGCACCACAUCCACAGCCGGAAGGACCUCAACCACCGUUAUGAAGUCUUCCGAGGCAUUCUGGAAGAUCAGUGCAAACGCUUGGGGCGCCAGGAAUCGUCGUGAGAGAGACUGUCUGGUGGGAAGGUUCUUACUUUUGAUGCUUCCGGGGGAAUGGUAUAUAUUCUAAUUUUUUUUUUCAAAAAAAAAUAAAAAAUUGGAAGGAUG